UAAUAUUAUCGUUGUAUGCUUUACAAAGUAAAUAUUUUUUAAGUUAAAAAUUAAAUUAAAUCAUCACAUUUCAAGAAAGCUCAAUGUUAUUAUCUACUCUGUUUUAAUUAUUUAAUCAUUCUUUAUAAUACCAAUUUUGUGAUCACGCUAACCAAAUAUUUGUGAACAAGUAGAGAAUACGUAUUAUAAUAAAUUUAAUCAUGAGUAAUAAAAAGCUUUUGAUUUCACCAUGUCCUACUGUACCAGUUGAAGAAGAAAUUGAAGAAGAUUUGAAAACUAUAGAUGAAACAGAAACUCCAUUGUUGACAGAUGAUGCUAAGGUCUUGUUGGAGUCUAUUGGGACUGAAGUAGUUAAGACUGAAACACAAGAAACUGCUCAAAAGCUUGUUGAUAAUGUAGAUGAAUUAGAACAAACAAUUUCAGCAUUGGAUAAGAAGUAUACUGAAUUGGUGACUUGUGAGAACGAAUUAGAAAAAAUUGAAGAAGAAAUUGAUAAACAAAUUAAAGAAAUGACUGACUACAUAUUUGAAAUUCAAUCAACUCCUCCUGCAGUAAAAUAAACAUAAGUAGAUUUAAUUAAGUGGAUCAAUUACUUCAUUGUUUUAUUUUAUUAGAAAAAUUAAAAUAUGUUAUAUACAUUACAUAACUAUGAUUAAAAUGAGAU